CUGCUCUUGUCGACGGUUUAUUUCUUAAUAUUGUUUUAAUAAAACGUCUUAAGAAUAAUAUUAACAUCGAAAUUAAUGUGGAUUGAUAAUUAAUACCUUUAAAUGAUAUGGAAGAAAAUUACGUUGAGCUUUUGUUGCAAAAAUACCGUUUAGCAGUCGUAUUGGCUGUAUUACAAAAUAAACCAAAUAAUAUAAGUAUAGAAGAUUACCUAAUGGAAUUGAAAAAUAAUAUACGGGAAAGUGAGUCACAAGCGAUCAGUGUUGAUGAAGAAGAUUUUAAUAUAAGCGAUGAUGAAAUAAAUUUAAAUACCGUAUCUUUAAAUAUUGAUGACAAUUCCAAUGGAAGUGUGACGAUUUUGCAAAAUUUCGAAAACAUAUUGGAUAAAGAUGAUUUAAAUUUAACAAAUCUGGAUACUGAGUAACAUUUAAACUUAAUGUGAUAAACAAAGCCGUGAAUCUUCAAAAGUAGCUGCUUUUAAAAAAUGCUGUC